AUGGCGCUUUCCGGAUAUGCACAGUGCGCAUGUCAAAAUAGCUGAAGUCGAAACAUGCGAAGACGCUAACGCUGUUCAUGGUUUUUGUUUCCAUCGAAGGAGAGGCGUGGUUCACACAACAAAAUGAGCUUCAGAGAUCUCAGAAAUUUUACAGAGAUGAUGAGGGCUCUAGGAUACCCUCGACUUAUUUCUAUGGAAAAUUUUCGAACUCCCAACUUUCCACUGGUUGCAGAAAUUCUCAGGUGGCUUGUGAAAAGGUAUGAGCCUACUGCAGAGAUGCAUCCAGACAUUGAUACAGAGCAAGACCGAGUCAUCUUUAUCAAAUCUGUGGCUGAGUUCAUGGCUACCAAAGCUCAUAUCAAAAUGAACACCAAACGUCUCUAUAGCGCAGAUGGCUAUUCUGUCAAAGAAAUGUUAAAAGUUACCUCUGUGUUGUAUGGUGCCACCAAACCAGAUGUUGCUGGAGAACUGGAAACUUCCGACAGCUCCUCAGAAAUCUCCUUUGACAUUUCGUCAAAGAUUAAUGAUCUGAAAGAUGCACGGCGACUAGCCUCAGAGAUCACAGUAAAAGGAGCACAGCUUUAUGACAUGUUGGGCAAAGAAGUUGAUCUGAGGGAAUUGCGAACAAUAGCAGUGGCACGGUCGCUGGAGCUGACUGAAGUAGAAGGAAGCAUGCAGGCCUCAAUCAAGGCAGUCCAACAAGAGAUUCAGAAGACUCUGACCAUGUUGGAUAAUGUUGCAUCAGAUGAAGCAAACCUUGAGGCAAAAAUAGAAAAACGGAAAUCAGAGCUGGAGCGCAACAAUAAGCGACUGCAAACCUUGCAAAGUGUGAGGCCUGCUUAUAUGGACGAGUAUGAAAGACUGGAAGAAGAUCUUCAAAAAUUGUAUGAUUCUUAUGUAAUGAAAUUCCGGAACUUAGCAUAUCUAGAACAGCAACUUGAUGAACAUAACCGUGUGGAACAUGACAAGUUGGAGGAAACAGAGGAGGCACUGAAGGUGAUGGCAGAAAAAAUCAGGACCGAGGAGCAGAGGCAGCAGAUGAUUGCCCCACAUGAAGAUGAAGAAGAGGAAAAACUAUUUGGCCCUGAUGAAGAAGAGGAUGAGAAUGAUUCUGAUGAUGAUGCCAUGCAGAAAAAGAAACACCCAGCAAGUCAGAGGAUGCGACCAGAAGCAGCUGGGCACAGAGAGAGAGGCCAAGCUAGAGUGACAGGGGGGAUGAACCCAGUGCUUAGUGAGGAUAGUGAAUCUGAGGGAUCAGGUGACUCUGAAAUUGAUCUAGAUGAUGACGAUGAUGAUGAAGAUGAUGAUGAUGAUGAUGAAAAUGAUACAGAUGAAGGACCUAUUGCAGCAGGGCCACGAGGGAGAGUACAGCCUCCACAGCAAGAUCCAGAUGAUAGUGAUUUUUAAUUAUAAUCUUCUAUUAUCUUGUAAUAUUCCAGUUUAGACAUCACCAUAAGGAGUUUAAUCUUGUCCCAAAAUGACUGCUUGUUUCACUGGUAUAAGGCGUAAUUUCUAAGUGUAUGGUUAAAAUUUUCUAUGUCCAAGAAUGGAAAAAGUUGCAUUUGUGUUCAGUAAGACUAAAGUGAAAAGGUCAUAUAGAGUUCUUAAUAUUGCCGCAAUUAGCCCCCCCCCCCCCCCCAAAAAAAAAAAACAAAAAAAAAUUAGCCGUGGCCUUAUGAUAAAGACAUUAAGGCUUUAUUAUAUUUGAUGAUGCAAAUCACACUGAAAAUGCACAAAUAAAUUUACAUCUGUUGUCCCUUUUUUUUUUUUUACCCUAAAUGUCUAGUGAAAUUGCCCACAACAGUUGUAAGCAUUUUUAUGUUGCCUUUGUAUAUACUUCACAGUAACUUUAAAUGUCCUCUCUCAUGAAAGUAACAGAUUAAGGCAAAAAAAAAAAAUCCAUUGCUUGAAAUCUUUUGAUUUGUUUAUUAAUGUAUAGUUUUGUUAUAAUCUCCGUUUCUAAGACAGGCAGCAUUUUGUAUUCUUAAUAUCUGGUGUUUGUGAUAGGAAAUUCUGCCGUCCAAAUAGCUUUUCCUGAAAGAAAAGCACUUACUGCACGUUGAUUUUGUGGCAUGAAAGUUUUGUAUGUUGCGAAAUAAAAUACUGACAUCUCC